AUGAAUAAUAAUAAAGGUAUAUUUAAAACAAUAGGUGCAACAUUCAAUACAUCAAAAAAACCGAAAGCAACAUCAAAAAAAACAACACACAAAAUUACAAAUACAACAACAUCAACAGAGCAAUCAAUAUCAGAUACACCUUUGAAAAUUACAUCAACAACAACAGAUAUAGUAAUAACACCAUCAUCACCAUCAUCAUCAUCAUCAUCAUCAUCAUCAUCAUCAUCAUCAUCAUCAUCAUCAUCAACAGCAACUACAACUACAACAACAACAACAACAACAACAUUAUUUUUUAAAAUAUGGAGAAAUGUAUUUUUAAAGGGAAAAAUAAUUUAUCAUUUAAAAUUAUUUAAUAUUUAUUUUGAUUAUAAAUUUAAAGGCUUAAUGACACCAGAGAAUCAAUUAAUAAUGAACACAUCAACAACCCCAACACCACCAAAUCUACACAGAGAAUAUAUAAAAACUGUUCAAAUAUUUAUAAAAUCAAUAUCUUUACAAGACAUUUUAACACCAAACUAUAUAGAUACAUUAGAAUUACAUGGUUUAUUAUUAUCAAAACCAAAUCAACAAAUUAUAUCAUUAAAUAAUAAUAAUAAUAAAAUUAAUAAUAAUAAUAAUAAUAAUAAUAAUAAUAAUAAUAAUAAUAAUAAUAAUAAUAAUAAUAAUAAUAAUAAUAAUAAUAAUAAUAAUAAUAAUAAUAAUAAUAAUAAUAAUAAUAAUAAUAAUAAUAAUAAUAAUUUAAUAAAAAAAUUAAAAUUAGUAAAUACACUUAGUUUACCAAUUUUAUCAAAUAUUAAUAAUAAUAAUAAUUGGUUUCGUUGUAAUAAUAUGAUGAAUUUGACAUCACUGGAUCUUGGAUUUAAUUUUAAUAUACCGAUUGCACCAAAUUCGUUACCACCGAAAUUGUUAUAUUUAAAUUUAGGUAGCGUAUUUAAUAGAGCAUUAGAAUUCAAGAGUAUACCAGACUCUGUCACAGAUUUAACAUUUUCAAUUACAUUUAAUCAAAAUUUAUUUCCAUCACAUUUACCACAAAAUUUAAAAAGAGUAGUUUGGCCAAAUAGUCCAAUAAAAUUAUUAACAACUGAUGAUAAAAUUAUACCAUCAGCUGUUAAACAUAUUAUAUUUUCAAAAGAUUUUAAUCAUCCUUUAGAACCUGGCUAUUUACCAAACUCUUUAGAAUCAAUUAUAUUCUCUUCAAAUUCAUUAUUUAAUAAACCAUUAAAAUCAAAUAGUAUACCUUCAUCUGUAACACUUUUAAAAUUUAAUCAAGGUUCUAAUUUUUUUGAAGAUUUACCAAUAUUUUCAACAGAUUUACCAAUAACAGAAAUAAGUACACCACCACCAUCACCACCACCAAUAAUUAUUCAACAACCACAACAACUACAACAAAUAAAUAUUAAAUAUUUAAAAUUUGAUAAAUUUAGUUUAUCAAUAUGUAAAUUAGAUAAAUUAUCAAUGAUUACAUCAUUGAAAUCAAUUUCGAUUGGAGCAUUAAUGAAAUUAAAGAAAUCAACAAGUUUACCAAAUGGAUUGGAAAAGAUAUCAUGUGCUUAUAAGUAUGUAAAGAAAGGUUAUUUACCUUGUAGCGUUUGGAAAUAUAGUUUUCCAGUGGAUUUUAAUAGUUCAAUAAAAAGGAGUGAUUCAAUACCAUCACAUUUAACUACGAUUAUAUUCAAUGAUUUAUUCAAUGAAUCUAUUGAACCAUUCUCAUUACCAUGUACAAUUAAUAGAAUUGAAUUUGGAUCUUGGUUUAAAUCUCAACUACAAGUGAAUUCAUUACCAAGUAGAUUGAAAAUCCUUAAAUUCGGUACACAAUUUAAUCAACCGUUAGAUAACGUUGGCUCGUCAUUGAGUUGUUUAGAAACUUUGGUUUUGGGAUCAUCUUUUAAACAAAAUUUAAAGCAAACUCUAUCUUCAAAUUUACAAUGUUUGAAAUCAUUAAGUUUAUCAUCUGCUUCAAAUUAUUCAUUGGAGGAAUUAAAAUAUUCAUUGAAUCAAUUACCAAAUUUAACUUUAUUAGAAUUGGAUGAACAGUUUCAAUAUCCAAUCUCUGCUGAUUGGUUACCUUGUUCAAUUAAAACUAUUAUCAUUACUAAUCAACUACCAAAUAUUGAGUCCCCAUUACCUCAGCAUUUAAAGACUAUCUAUCUCUCUACAAGUAAAGAUAAAGUAUCUAAUUUAAUCAAUCAUUUAGAUUUAUUUAAUAAUCAACAUUUAAUACCAAUUAUUAAAAUAGUUUCAACAACAAACUCUAAUAAAUUUGGGGUGUAUUAUCUAGAUAAUAUAUUAAUAUUCAAUAAAAAUUAUACUAAUUAUUAUUAA